AUGAAUGUUCCUAAAGGAUUCUUGAACCAUCUCUUAUACUUUAUUGUAUUCUUUCCGGUUUUUUUGUCUCUGUUUUUUCUUGGAUGCAUCAAAGGAGCUAUUUUCAGUCCCUUUGUUUUGCUAGUAAUUGCAUUUGGCGAUACUGGCAUCAUCAUUGGUUUAUGGCCCCUUCACCUUGUAUGGAGCAUCUACUGCAUAAUAAAAUCAAAGAAAUUUGGCCCAUUUAUGAAGUGCCUAUUGAUUUUACUAGUUCCCAUACCAAUAGCUUUGUGGACUGUUGUUGGAGUUGCUGGGAGUGCGAUUAUGGGUGCUAUGUACGGUUUCAUUUGGCCUGUAAUGGAGACAUUUAGAGCUAUCAGCAAGGGAGGUUCAAUUUGGAUGAAGUUGAUUAGAUGCUUUACCGAUGGAACUUGGUCCUGUGUUCGGGGAGCAUGCACAGUUGUUCGAGAUUUUGCUGAUUUUUCCUUCCACUCGUACUUCUCUGUUAUGGACGAGCUGCUGGAGUCAAAGGGGAGGAGCCUAUUGAACUAA